AUGGGCCAGGGUGCUCCGUCUCCGGCCCUCGGGAAGUCCAUGGGCCAGAGUGCUCCGUCACCGGGCCACGGGAAGUUGAUGGGCCAGGGUGCUCCGUCACCGGGCCACGGGAAGUUGAUGGGCCAGGGUGCUCCGUCACCGGGCCACGGGAAGUUGAUGGGCCAGGGUGCUCCGUCACCGGCCCCCGGGAAGUCGAUGGGCCAGGGUGCUCCGUCACCGGCCCUCGGGAAGUCGAUGGGCCAGGGUGCUCCGUCACCGGCCCUCGGGAAGUCGAUGGGCCAGGGUGCUCCGUCACCGGCCCUCGGGAAGUCGAUGGGCCAGGGUGCUCCGUCACCGGCCCUCGGGAAGUCGAUGGGCCAGGGUGCUCCGUCACCGGCCCUCGGGAAGUCGAUGGGCCAGGGUGCUCCGUCACCGGCCCUCGGGAAGUCGAUGGGCCAGGGUGCUCAGUCACCGGCCCUCGGGAAGUCGAUGGGCCAGGGUGCUCCGUCACCGGCCCUCGGGAAGUCGAUGGGCCAGGGUGCUCCGUCACCGGCCCAUGGGAAGUCGAUGGGCCAGGCUCUUCCCACAUCCCCGGAGAAGCCCUCAGCUCCGACCACUCUCAAAGAUACCCUGGCAGCCGAGACUAUAUCGAAAACACACCCAGCAUGCUUCCGAACAGUCUCCCUGAUAGGCUCCAUGAGGGAUGAGUAG